UCAUUUCGAUACGUGGAGAGAGCAACGCACGCAAAUGCGAGCAAAUUCUUAGCUACAACAAACCUCGAUCUUUUGUUUUUUUUCGUUGAUAAAUUUAAUUUUAUUUGUUUAACGGUAUAAUUUAUCAUUAAGUGGAGAGAAAAAUUAAUAAACUAUCGCAGAAUGGCUUCUUUAGCUUUAAGUAUGAGCCAAGAAAACAAUAGCAAAUCGGAAAACGUGAAAGACGAGGUCGCAAAAGCACUCAUAACAGACAUAACAAAUACGGCUGACAGUGGCAAUAAUUUGAAUUCCAAUUAUGACGACGACGACGUCGAGCAAAGUGACAAUGCUAAGAGCUCUCAGGAAAGUCACAGUUCUAGUAAAACUAGCGUUAGUCAAAACAGUGGCUCAAUCAAAUUGCAAAUCGAGGACGAUGAUAGUCGAAGUUCAACUUCUACUUUGAAAGCCAGUCCAGAGGAUGAGGAUUCUAGAUUAUCUUCUACCAGCUCAUCAUCUACUAUUAAAAGUAGCCAGCGCAGUAACUCUAGUAAGUCAGACGAUGAGUCUAAUUCUAAAAAAGAAAGUACAAUUGCAGUAGAUAAAUCUGACAAUGAGACUUCAAGAUCUAGUUUCACUUCAUCAUCGCAAAAGAGUUCUCAACAGAAAGAAAGUCAAAGCUCGCAAGCAACAAGUUCUAUUGCACAUGCUUCAGAAAAUUCUAAUUCCAGUUCAUUUUAUGUUAAGUCACAGUCUACUAAAAGUAGUCAGUUGAUUAAUAAAGAUUCAGAUGAUGAAGACUCAAAGUCUACAUCUGAUGCCAAAAAUUCACCCGUUAAGCAAAGUCAGCCAAAAGAGUUUUCCAGGUUUAUUGAUUCAGAUUCAGAUGAUGAAGACUCAAAGUCUACAUCUGAUGCCAAAAAUUCACCCGUUAAGCCAAGUCAGCCAAAAAAGUUUUCCAGUCUUAUUGAUUCAGAUUCAGAUGAUGAUAUAUUAGUGCCUAAUAGUUCUAAACAUAAUCAAUCACAAAGCGACUCCGAUACAUCUGUAUCUAAAAAUACAAAAUUAUCCAAACUUGCCAAAAAAUCUAAACAGAAGAAGAGACAGCUGCUGGACAGUGACUCUGAUACAGAAGUGAAUACAAACGAAAAGUCUGUUAAAAGAAAAAAAAAAGAAAGUGGUAAUAAUAGUGAUGGUACUCAAAGUAGUAGUGAUGCUAGUAUUAGCAGUGAUAGUGACAAUGAUGACAAACAAUCAAGGCUUGUUAAUAACAAAAAUAAAUUAAGCAAUAUUGUUGAUUCUGAAUCUGACACUGAUAUCGAUAGCAGGCCUCAAAACAAUGACUAUGAUUCAACAAAUAGAGAAGAUAAAGACAUACUUCAAAAAGAAAAAAAAACUAAAAAGCGAACAGGGUCAGCUCGAGCUUCAAAGGAGGCUGCGAUGCAGCAAAUUCAUAGUGAAACUCAAAGGUUGAUAAGAGAAUCUGAAUUAUCACUGCCUUACCAUCGACCUAAACAACGGACAUUAAAAGAGUUUUUGAAUAGAAAAAAAAUAAAAACUUCCAUUCCUCAGAAUAUUUCAUGUGCUGCUAAAGUGAAAAUGUUUGCUGAUGAGAUAAGCAAAGUAGUUGAUGAAAAAGAAAAAGAAGCUAUGGAAUUUUAUAAAUCUUCUGAUUCUGAAGAAGAGGAUGUACAGCAUACACAGCCUGUAAAAGAAGAUUCACAUGAGAAUGAAAAGCAAUUGGACAAUAAACAAAUUGAUGACGAUCUUGAAUCAAACCAACUUGUAGCCAUUUUAACUCAAAGACUAAAUCCAGAUAACAUUUCAGAAGCUCAUAACAAAAGAGAAAUUCUUCAGAAAAGAAAUAGUGAUUUUAAUGUUCCCAGAAAGUUAUUUUUGAAUGAUGUUGGAGAUAAUGAAGAUAACGAAAAUACAUUAUCACCUGAAGAUGUGCCCAAUAAAGAAUCAUCCACUGAGGAGCAAGAAAUGGAAAUAGAUCAGGAUUUAGAAAACAAAGUAAAUGAUGAUCAAUCUAAGGAUGAAUCCUCUAUUGAAAAUAAUACAGUUUUAGAAAAUAGUACUGAAGAUAUUGUUCUUAAUGUUUCUGAAUCAGAAUUUGAUACAACUGAUUGUAAAAAGCUCACUGAUUUUAGUAAAUCUUGUGAUUUAACUGCUUCAGAAACUGUUAUGCUUGCUGAAACACCUUGUUCUACUGAUAAAGAUGGAAAUUUAUAUCAAACUAAUGCCUUAGUAAACAUGGUUACCCAAAAAUUAAAUCAAGAUUACAAUAUUCAAGAUGCACCAAACAAACGUGAAUUGUUGCAAAAACGCGGAGAUUUUAAAGUUCCAAAAAAACUUCUCAUGAAAGAUUCAAUUGAUGAUGAAGAAGUAAGUAAAUCUAAACUUUCUGACACUUCAAGCAAGAGUAGUGAAACUCAGCUUGAAAAUAGUGAAGAAGCACUUGUAUUGAAUUUAUCUGGCUCUGAAUUAGAUUCAAGCGAGGAUAAAAAGCUGGGUUCAGGUAGCUCAAUGGAGAUUGGUAGUACUCCCAACAAAUCUAAGGUAGCAAAUUUGGAUGAUGAUGAAGUUUCUAUGAUAAAUGAAGAGAAAACAGAUGAUGUAAUAGACAAAAAUGCAUUAUUAGAUGAAAACUUUUUACCUCUUGAUUUUGAAGAAGAUAAACCCAAGAAGCCUAGCUUAAAAGAACAAAUUCUUGCUGAAGCAAUAAAAGUCAAGCCUAUGUUAAAAGGAUGCCCAGGAAUGACAAUAGAUUUUUCAAGUUCAGGAAAGCUCAAAGAAGGUACAGAAAAACUGUUAGAUCGUUUCAAUCGUCACCAGAAACUUCGACGUCGUAAUCCUGAGGAAGUAUGCGAGGUCAAAGUAAUGACAACUGAAGGUUCGGGUGCCGAUUUAACAAUUGUUGAAGAAAUUCUACCAUUUAAAAAAUCGAUAGAUGCUAAUGAUCCAUCUCAAAUGGAACCUAAACCUGGCGAAAAAUUGAAAAAAUUACGAGAGAAUUUAAAACGUAAAAUAGCGGAAUCGAGAUGCGAAGAAUGGAAGCAAAAAGAAGAAAGCAUGAGGAAUCAAGAAGAAGAAGAAGAAGAAGAAUGCAAGGGUAAAAAAAGUUACGAUGAUGACUAUUUGGAUGACGAAGAAAUUUUGGACGAUGAAGAAGAAAGUGCUGAAAGUGAACCGGAAGAAAAUGACGUUCCAAUGGUCGAUAAGAAAAGAAAACGGUGUGAUUUCGGCGAUGAAGAAGCUGAAGAAAGUGAUGAGGGGGCUGAGAAUGAUGAUGCUGUUGAAUUGGACGAUGAAGAAGACGAAGAAAAUGAAGACGAUGAGGUCGAUGACGAGGAAGAAGAUGAAGAUGAAGAGGAAGACGAAGAAGAAAAAGAAGUAGUUCAUCAACCGAAAAAGCUCAAACGUAUCAUACGUCUCGAUGACGACGAUGACGAUGAGAGUUCUAAUUCUAAAGCAAAUGCAAUUGUGUCCGAGGAAAGCAAUGGUUCAAAUAAAUCAGAGUUCGAUGCUAUUAUUCGAGAACGCCUUGGAUCGGACGCACGUCGUCAAAACUGCAAAACGCCUUUGCUAGGCAGCGCAUUAGACACCAUGAUUUCACCGGUUGCUCAUCUUACGGCGCUGAAUACGUCAGUCGAUUCCGAUAAAAAAUCCAACUCGGUUAAUAAGAAUUAUUUUAAUUUGGGAAAAAUUGAAGACUCACCUUCUGUUGAUGAUAGUUCCAGACUGUCAGAUUGUUCACAGAAGAAGCAAAACCUACAAAAAAAAUUAUUUGAAGACCCUCCAGAGUCUAUAGCAGACAAUGAAGUCGCCGACAUUAUUUCCGGUUUUACCAGAAAAACUAUUCCCUCUGAAUGUACUCAAUUUAAUACUGCCGUAAGUGAAAGUCAGCUUAUCGAUAUAUGUUCUGGAGCGUUUUCAAGUCAAACUGAUGAUGAGAAACCGAAAUGUACUCAGCUUGAUAAGAUUUGUACAGAUGAAACAUCGCAGGACAUGAUUUUAACACUUGAUGAUGAACCUUGUGUGAGUCCGAUAAAACAGAUUGCGCAAGAAAAAAAAGAAGAUAAAAAAGAAAAUGACCACGAGAAAAAAAAAGAACAAGAAGCUAAAUCUCGCAGUUACAUACAAAAGCCAGCUGUAAAAAAUCCUAUGGAUGCUUGGUUGCAAAAAGCGAAACAAGUUCGAAAGCCAGAGCCUUUGAUUAAUGUUACAAAUAGUCUAAGUACAAACCAUGAGUCAAAUAAAAUGCCACCUGUUGAUAAAGAAAGUUUGAAGGGUAGUGAUCCAGUAAAUAACGUACAAAAUGAUGAAAACAAAAGUUCAGAAAAGAUGGUACAAAAUGGUGAUCAAAUAAAGUCUAAAAAGUCAGAUUCUAAGAAGAUUGAGAAGCCGAUUAUCGAAGAUGAUGGGCCAAAGUCUCGCUUUAUGAUACUUUCGUCUUCUGAUGAAGAAGGAAGCAAUGAACCAAAAUCUAAGAAACGUCCUAAAAAAAAAUUAAAAAAGAAAAAAGUUCAGAAACUUAACUUAUCGGAUGACGAGGAUGAAGCGGAUUCUGACGAAUUUUCAGAUGAAGAGGAGGAAAACAAUGUCGUCGACGAAGAAGAGGAGGAAAAGUACAUAGAUUAUGAUUCAGAUGAAAAUGAAAUAAUUGUUGUGCCGAAAAAAGACAUAAAAAAAGUUGCUCGUAACUAUGUCGACGAGGAAGCAGAAUUGAGCGAAAGUGAUUGGGGUUCAGCUGAUGAAGAUGAGAACGAGCUUGAUGAAAUGGAGGUUAAUGAAGCUGAUGCCGAAGACAUCGACGAAGCUCAAGUAAAGGAUCAACUCGAAAAAAUGCACAUGAAGCAAGUUCUGGAUGAAGAUCAAAGAGAAGUGCGAUUGCUGCAAGAACUUCUUUUUGAGGAUGGCGAUUUGCACUCGGAUGGCAAAGGCCGUGAACGAAAGUUUAAAUGGAAAAAUAUAGAUAAAAUGUUCGAUGGCUUAUCGCAAAGGCCCGAAGAAGAUAACGAUGAGAUCGAUGAUGAGGUUGAUCCUGACCUUGAACUUCAAAUGAGAAAAAUUAGAUAUGAACAAACAAAAUUUUUAGAAGAAAAAGAGAAAAACAUGAAUAGUGUUAUUGAAGACGAUUUCAGUAAGGGUCAAAUAUUAGGUAAAAGUUUGAAAAUUGUUAACGCCAGCAAGGUGUCAACGACCAGUAUUAAGUUACAAGAUUCUAAUUCGGCUAAAAAUAACAAAACAAUCAAAUCCGUUGCGUCAAGCACAAUCAAGGUCGUUUCAAACUCUAAAAGUAUAUCCAUCGAAAAUUGGAAAGGAUCAUUUUUAUCUAGAGGUGAUGAAACGCUCACUCGCAUUGCACAAAAUCUGCCAGUCAAAGGUCCGCUCAAUCUUAAAACUGGAAGAGGAAAUUUCGUUUUCAAGCAUAUUAGCCCGAUCGUAGCCAGUGCGUCUAAAGAAGACGCAGAGAACGACGAGGAACUCCCGAAUCCUGAGCCAAUGAAUCGCAAAAGAAAAAUGUUUGCGAGUCAAUCGUCACAAGGUCAAACUCCGAGGACUACUAAAAAAUUGAAAACCGACGAGCGUAGCAAAGCAGGCAAAAAACUGUUUUAAAACGCAAAAUUCUCCAAUUGUUAUAAUAUCUCAAGCUACUGUACAUACUAUUGUUACCUAGAUUAUUUGUUUUAUUAUUUUUAAGAAUACUUAUGUACAUAUUUUACGUAUGUCCACUGUGGAUAAUAGGGUGAAAUAUAAAUUCCAUACCUACAACA